AUGCGACGGCCGAAUUGGUCGCAUCUGCGCCAAUUGAGCCGGACCAGCCUGGACAAGCUGGCCUUGGAGCCUCCACGGUCCCCAGACACCGCCUCCAGCAGCUCGACCCUCCGCGUGGACAGCCAGGGCCAAGGUCAGGCUCAGGGCCAUGCCGCCUCUGUCACCAGUAGUGCUCGAGAGGAGACAGCGCACGGCAGCAGCGCCCGCCGAAAGUGCACCGUCACCGUCAAUGAGUCAUUCGCCCGCGACGAGAUCCUGCUCAACCUCGAUCUGUUCGGCAGCGACUUCAGGCCCGGCAUGCUGGUCUCCCUCGACAUCCUGAGACCCGACAUCUCCUCGUCCUCCUCCUCCAAGCUGCAGAAUGGUGCCGCUGACCCGGGCCAGCCUGCGGGUCGGUACAUCUUCGUCGUCAAGGACAUGGCCAAGGAGCUCAAGAUCAGAUACCCCCACGUCGAGCUAUACGUCGCCAAGCACAUUGCCGAUGUCUUUGGCAUGAAGAAGGGCUCUCAGGUUGACGAGAAUAAUCCGGCUGUCGAGGCUUCCCACGUCGAGCUGACCUUCAAGGACCAGUACCUCUCGCGCGCCGACAUGUGGAGGAUUGCUGUAGGAGAACUGGCCGAUCGUACCGUGUACAAAGGGCAGAUGAUGCUGUUCAUGGGUACCGUCAAGGCCCAAAUCUCGGCUGUUUUUGUUGAUGGUCGCAAGGUCCACUCAGCCUUCUUUGGCAAGAACACCAAGCCCAUCUUCCGCAGCGAGUCUGCCCGAUACGUACUCUUCAUCCAAAUGGCCAGGGAGAUGUGGGACUUUGACUCGGACGACUCGGGCGAUAUCAUGUUUAACAAGGUCGUCAACGGCUUCCUGCCCGCUCUCUUCAGCAAGUGGGCAGAGCUCAAGGUCAAGCACCUGGUCACCGUGGUGCUGUUUGCAAGGGUCGAGUACGAUACGGGCCUCACAGCCGAGCUCGGCAACGCCACGUUCCAGAACGACUACUACACAGGCGUUCAGGACUCUGGUGACAAGCGGCCAUACAAGGACUUCUACCGCGUCGUCGUGAGCGAGAUGGGGAGCGGCGAGUGGACCACGAUACUCUACCAGCUGAAGAAGGAAUUCAACUACUUCCGCCGGGACAUCAGCAUCCACCACCUCAAGGCAAUGAACUCCAUACCGAGCCUCUCCGAGGAGCCAUCUUCCGUCAAGACGGGGCCUACAAAUCGCAUCAAGGCCGAGUCAUCACGAGCUCUGUAUGGAAACGUACUGGAGGCCAUUAACCUUGCAUCUUCCCUGUUCGCCCACGACUAUAUCGACAGAGACCUCAUGCGCACUGGGAUCUCCAUCGUCGUCAUUACACCUGGCUCAGGUGUCUUUGAGGUCGAGUACGAGACUCUGAGGCGGACAACCGAGGCUCUUGUCGGGAACGGCAUCGGCAUCGACCUGAUCUGUGUACCAAAGAUUCCCCUUCACUCUGUUCCCUUGUUCCGCUACCGCAAUCCUGCCAGGGCAGAUGGCCAUACCUCCAGGUCCAGGCCGGGCUUCAGCUAUGGGAGCACGCCCAAGCUCCCCACACCGCUGGGGAGCAGCUUCCAGAGCCUGUCCGGAUCCUUCUCACCCAACCGCAGCAGUGAUGUCACGCGCCGGUCCGAGAACUUUGCGAUGCGCCCCAACGAUGUGUGGUGCUUUGCUCUGCCGCAGUGGCUGCACGUCUCCUACUGGACAGGCAGCUCCGCCAAUGCACUGUCGUUCAAGGGCAUUGCGCUAUCAGUCGCAGAUCAGCCCAAAGAAUCUCAGGAUGAUUUCAACGUCAGGUGUCGCAUGUACGACCUCCAGAUGAGAAGCGUCCUGGAGACCAACGAGAUCGAGACCGUGCCGUUGCACAGUGAUCCCUUCUUCCCCCACGCCAUCUUGCAGAACCUGUCACAAAAAGCUCGCCUUCAUGAUCUACGCGAGAUUGCUUCGGUACCUUCCCAGAAGAUACACGACCCGCUGCAUGACACUGUCCUUGGGAACCAGAAAUCAGCUGCCGACAGGCAUGCCAAGGCCGCGGAGAAGUCACUGUGGAAGCAACUGCAAGAGUUUGAUGAUGCGAGAGCAAAACUGGAAGUGUCGAGGCAUCGACACCGGCCACCUCGGAUCGUUCGAGAUCUAGACGAGGGGGGGACGACGACGCCAAAACACGCUACGGACGACGCAACCGUCUACGGUACCUCUGCGGGCGAUCGGAGGACCUCGUUUAGUAGUUCGGCAGUCCCCAACCCCUCUGGUCCGUCCCACCGGAAGAUCCAAGAGGGCUCGACUGGGUUCUCCCACUCGAGAAAGAGCUCAGAGAGCACUACUGAAAACCCCAAGGUGUCCAUCCUGAAGGUUCCCAAAUUCCUCCGCCAGAUCAGCCUCGGGCAGAGAGGCUUUGGCAUAGCAGCUCCACAGGCAGCUGUCGCCCAGGUCCAAGCCGAGCACGUGAGUGCGGUCAAGGAUAUGGCGCCUCCUCCUACGCCGACCGUGGCGAGCUCCAAAACGAGCGGCAUGAAACUGAACCGUCCGACCACCCCACAGAGCCUAUCUAGCAGCGGUUCGACACCGGCCAAGGAGCUCGGGCGCAGUACCCUCUUGGGCCCAGCUAGAGAUUCUCGGUCAGAAACGCCCAGUCGGCCCAUGUUCAUCAAGAGCGCCCAGCCUUCCACAGACACUGUGCCGCAGGCGGUCAAUGAAUCUCUUGUAUCGACCCUGCGGCCUUCGACUUUUUACCGUCCUGAGAACCCGGAGCAGAAACUGUCCAACCUGCUGAGGCGUGCCGACACCACCGAAGACGACGAUGCGCAGAGGAACAAAUUGCUCGCAGGCGCCAUGCCAGAACUGCCUGCUAUGCUGUCACCCACCACCGCCUUGUCACCCUGGCUGACAGUGAUCAAUCCAUCGAACCCAGACAUCGAGAAGGUGGAUAUGGCCAGGCUGUACAGCAGGUGGCAACAUGUCUUUGUGCGGCCGUCGGCGAUGAAGGUCAUGAAGUGGAAGUCGUUGUGUUCACCUGCAGCCGUGCCACUCACAACCGAGUACUUCCCUACGAAAGAGCAGUUCGACCGCGAGUACCAGCGACAACCCUACCAGAUCGAACAAGACGAGGAUGACGACCUGAAUGAGGAGCCACGAAGUCGUGAGGAGUUCCUCCGGGAGCUGAUCAGCUUGCGGUUCUCGCAAGGCUUCCAGGUGGUCAUUGGGCCGGCUGUGGCACGAGCCUUUGGGCAGAAGCAUGUCAAAGUCGGCGACAUCUUCUCCCGAGAUCGUGAGAUCGAAGACGGGACGAGCGUCUUCAUGGCGGUGGGCAACACCAUACACCAGCUGUCAUGUGUCAACGAGACUGAGGUCGAGGUGACCAUCUACGUGCGCAAGCCUACAGAGCCCACCAAACAACCUGAAAAUACCAGUGCGAUAUACAAGCCAGCAAUCCGCACGAUCCUCGACCGCGACUAUGAGACGGCCGAGAUUGAUAUCGUCACACCCAAGGCGGACAGGAACUGGAACUUUAUUGAUUCUUACAUUGCUGGGCACUAUGACGAGAUGUCUGAUGAGAACAUGAGGUUCUGGCGAUCGCGAUAUGUGCUGAUCCCGACGACCUCUUCGAAGGACCUCUCGAACCCCAAAUUUGCGGACAACGAGGAAGAGGUCCGUCUGGAGGGCAUUCGAUACCUUGCGCAGCAGUGGCUCAAACACCGAUAUGUGCCCCCGAGCGAGCGGCGCUUUCAGCCUCAGGGGCAACGCAAGCUUCGAGACCUGAACCUGCUGGACAUCGUGUACAAGACAGAAGACCCUUCGGUGGUCAUCGCUGCAGAGCUCGAAACACUGCCGCUGCUCGAAGGUCUGGAGCCCGGAAACAGGAAAGGCCAGCUGGUCACGAACCGAGAGCACUUCAAGAAGUCCAACUUCAGGGUGGCCGCACUGGCGGAGGCGAUGCAGCAGCCUGUGGAAGAGGGCGGUGUUCGGCUGCAGAACCGGCGGUGGCACUUGCGCCUGCACUACAACUGCUUCAUUGGGUCCGACAUGACGAACUGGCUGCUGGACAACUUUGAGGACCUGGAGAGCCGAGGGGAGGCGGAGGCGCUGGGCAACAGCCUCAUGGUGGACAAGGCUCGCGACGGAGACGAGCCGGGCCUGUUUGUGCACGUUGAGAAACGACACCAGUUCCGUGACGGGCAGUACUUUUACCAAAUCAGCAGCGAAUAUGCGAAACCGCAGCCACCGAGCUGGUUUAACAGUGCAAGACGCAAUCUUGUGUCUAUCCCGCCGACGCCCCGAACUGAGAGCUCCGCUCGGGACUCGUCGCAGCCGCCGUCCUUCUCCAGGCCCGUCUCGACGCACGAAGAGGACUCUUCAGCGUCCAGUGCCACGACGCCGACGAUACCGUUUGUAUCGAGCAGCGGGCGGCGUCCAAGAGUGGCCCUAAGCAAAGUCAUGAAAUAUGAUGUGGACCCGCGAAAGAGGUCUUAUCGACCCGAGAGGAUCGAUCUACACUACGAUCGGCUUCACAACCCAGAUAAUUGUUAUCACAUCCGCAUCGAGUGGAUGAACACGACGCCGAAGCUGGUCGAGGAUGCGGUGGAAAGCUGGGCAAGGGACAUGACACGAUUCGGCCUACGUCUUGUCGAGGUCCCCAUCGGGGAGUCGCGCACGAUCAAGGACAUCAACCCGUUCCGCAGCACAUACCCAGUCAACCUGGCCCUGCUGCCGCCAGACCAACAGCCCGUCACCUACUACGACCCCAACUCGUUUGCCGCCACGACACAGCCGCGACGGCAUUUCUACCAAAAGGCGCUGCUGCGGAAAUUCGACUUCGUUCUCGACACGGAGGCGGCCUCUGACUUUCCCAGCAAUGUCGAGGUGACGUACUCCUGGGGCCGGCCUGACUUCAAGUUCCCGCAGUACAUACAUCGAUCUGGCACCAUCCUCGCGCAGAUUACCGACGAGGGACACUUCAUCCUGCUCGGGAACAGGAUGCAUACCAGCCGGGCGGUGGCUGCGGCACGCGAACGGGAGAUGCGGAACGAGCUGGCGCCAGGGCCUCCCGCUGGCCGUGGACCACUGGGGUCCGCGUUUUCUGCGCCUCAUGGCCUCGCAGCCACACCCACCUCAUCGCCCAUGGUGCGGCCGACCAUGUUUGCCAGCCCCGUGGCACGAGCUGCCAGCACACCCGCGGCGACAGCACCGGCACCAGCACCAGCGGCCACGGAGGGGCCGACCGUGCCGUCGUCACAGCUGCCGGGCUACAUGCCGGCCUCGAUCGGCGACGAGCCCUGGCUGAUCAAAGACGAGCUGGAGACGUUCUGCAGCAACAAGACCACGCUCGAGGCGUUCUACAGAGAGAUGCUCGAGCAGGCACAGGCCCAGGCGCCCGGGUCGGGGAGCAGCCGGCUCAGACCCACGAUAGUCACGACGCCCGGUAUGGGGCCUGUCGGGUCUGUCGUGGACAGCAGUAUCCCCAUCAUCGGGCUGCCCCCUGGGCUGCUUGCCCAGCAGCAGCAGGCGGAGGAUGCUCGGGCAAGUCCAGCCGCCAGGACAGUCAGUCCCGCGCCUGGCCCUGCGCAGCGGACCACGAGCCCUGGACUCGCCAUGACGGCUGCGAGGCUGCUGAGGAGGGGUAGUGUGCAGCAUGGGUAA